AUGAGCCCAUCUCCUUCUAGAAACUCAACUCCUUUCGAUCCGUCGUGUGCUCUUAAUGAGCAGAUCGACUGCAAUGAACUCAUGGUUAUUCUAGAAAAGAAAGACCGCGAUCUCGAACUCGCCGCCAAGAUCGGCCAAUCGUUGCUGGACCAAAACAAAGAUCUUCAGACAAAAAAUGAAUUCCUCGAGGAGAGUGUCAACAAGAACCUGGACACCAUAGUUCAAUUAAAACAUGAACUAAAUCAACGAAUCGAGUUGCUCCGGGUGUAUUCACAUCUUGACGAUGAGGGUGUUCCGAGAUCAAACAGCGACGAGACACUUCGAGAACGUCUUAAAUCCACAAAAUCGGAAAAUGAGAGACUGCGUCAAGAAUGUGACCAACUUCGUCAGGAAACUGCCAUCUUUACUGCUCAAAAGAAAAAUACUUAUCAGUUAGAAAAACAAUUAGAUUAUGCAAAUGAUAAAGUGAUGGAAUUGCAAAAAAUGAUUGAGCAGAAGACGUCGGAACUCUGUCAACAAUAUGAAAAUACUGGAAGAUUGAUGAGUGAGCUGGCUGAUAAGGAUAAGAAGGAGAAGAUGAUCUCAAUGGAAAAAGACGAAAUGGGCGCAAUUCUGAUUGAAAUGAUUCAGAGACACGAUACCAUGCAAUCCGAGCUAAAAGAGAUGCAGGAUCAGUACGCAGAGCUUAUGGCGAAUUUCGCAGAAACCGAAUCAGAAUUGAACAAAUUGAGAAGUUCCGGAAAUUUGAGAAUGUCCUUCGAUUCUCUCUACGAUUCGUUGGCGUCUGAAAUGGAGAAUUCGGAAUUCUCUCCAGCUGGUCGUUCCACGCAAUUAACCGUCUUAACCGGAAGAGAUAGUUAUGCGAAUGAUAGUGGAAUUGAUGCAGGACCAAUGAGUUUAGCAGCAGAAAUUGAACAUUCUGGAAAGAUGCUGCUUCCAUCAAUCCAUGAACCCAUCUUCUCUACUUCUGCCAAACUAGCAACUCUCUGUGAUGCUAGUACAUCAUGCACAGACAUCUUCCGUGAAUCAUCCCUCCCUCAUGAAGACGUCGCAACAACUCCAUCCGUCUCUGGUGUCAAUACCAUCGAUGAAGAGACAAAAACCCACAGCUUCCCCAGCGAUGAAGCCGUGUCCACACCGAUUGUGGCGCGAAAGUAUAUACCGUGUUCGAGUCCGAGCAAGAGCAAUUUGAGCAAACUGCAGAGGUUGCAUAUUGGCAACCGCCCACAUGCUCACAGCGUCGACAUGCCUUCGAUGUCCACCAAACAACCAAUCGAAGACAAUUCGUCCUACGCUGAGCCAAAACUCGGACAACCGGGAAUGCCUGGAACUCGUGAUCUGGAUAUCUCCUUGAAAAUUAUCAAGGCUAGGGAAGAGGUGCAAAAAGAGUUUGCAGCGUUUUGUCAACGGAAAGGUAUCGAUCAGCAACAGUUUUUCGGUAGUAGUCAGAACCGACGUCAAUCACAUGACACUAGUUGGACCGACUUCAGUGUUGCUUAUGGCGUCAGAAUGAUUCAGAAUCUGAAGACGUCGCCUGGAGAUCAUCAACCAUUGGCACUGGGUCUUCGACAAGGAGUAUUGACGAGAGCCGAGCUUCUGACAUCUCCAUCAUCAUCUCCUCAACAUCGUAGUCUUUCUCUCUCAUUAUCACCUGGAACAUCAAAUGAUGCCCUUACGAAAAUCGGUGCAAUUCACGGUGUUUUAUCUCGGAGAUAA